UCACGAACGUUUGGUUUUGCACCCGAACCGGGAGGUGGCGGAAAGUGAACCGGGAGAUUUCCUUCCGGAACCUUCACGUGGGAUUGACUGCGCGCUUCUCCCUCCAUCAGUCCGUCGUUACACCUUUCAAGGAAGGCGUCCUCCUCCCUCCCAGGGGUGUGCCGCAACGCAGGCCAAUGGGACCCCCGAAUCCGACUGGCAAUCCAGCGGGAAGGAAAGGGGCGCAAGGCGGGAUUCUCCCGGCGGGCAGACAGAAGCGCACGAAGCGGAGCUCCGGGGCUGACUUCGCGGUCUGCUCUAGAAACCGCUAGCCCUGAACGCCCCCCUCCUCUUUGCCCUAUUGCGAGAGAACGGGAGAAAGGCUCGUUCGUGCUUCCGGCGAAAAAAGGAAACCCAAUUCCUGACCCCCCGUCUCACAGCCCGCAGGUGAGGUGCCUCCACACCAACACCCGGGAACUGCGAGAAGCCCCGCCCAGACUGGAAGAGGCCCCGCCCCCUCCGUGACGUUACGGAAAUGAGGGGCUUCCGCAGAGGAUGUCCCGCCCUACUCCCCUUAGACGUGCCUAGCUCGCAGCCACUUGGGAUAUGCCUGCUUGUCCUUAACUUUUUUUCUCCUCGUCAUGAGAACUUCCUCAUGUGGCGUCCUUCUUUAUUCUCAUCUUGGAAGCUCCGCGUGAUCCUCAAGUGCUGAAACCGUUUCCAGGGAGGCAGGCGCCCUAAAGGCAGCCUGAAAUCGUGACGUCAUUUGAGCGCCGAAGCAGGAAGGACCCUACUGCCUCUGGCAUCCGCUUUCGUCACUCUCAGCUGAGCGAGGCUCUUGGAAGGGGCACGUGUGCUGCUGAAUGGAGCUGGUGGCUGGUUGCUACGAACAGGUCCUUUUUGGGUUCGCUAUACACCCGGAGCCGGAUACAGGCGGCGACCCCAAAGAGCAAAAAUGGACUUCUGCGGCUGACUUCACUCACCAUGCCCACACUGCCUCCUUGUCAGCGGUGGCUGUAAAUAGUCGUUUUGUAGUCACUGGGAGCAAAGAUGAAACAAUUCACAUAUAUGACAUGAAGAAGAAGAUAGACCAUGGGGCUCUGGUGCAUCACAAUGGCACAAUAACUUGCCUGAAAUUCUAUGGCAACAGGCACUUAAUCAGUGGGGGAGAAGAUGGACUCCUUUGUGUGUGGGAUGCAAAGAAGUGGGAGUGCCUCAAGUCCAUUAAAGCUCACAAAGGACAUGUGACCUUCCUUUCUAUUCACCCGUCCGGCAAGUUGGCCCUGUCUGUGGGUACGGAUAAGACGUUAAGAACGUGGAAUCUUGUGGAAGGCAGAUCAGCAUUCAUAAAAAAUAUAAAACAAAAUGCUCACAUAGUGGAAUGGUCCCCAAGAGGAGAGAAAUACAUAGUCGUCAUAUUGAAUAAAAUAGAUGUCUAUCAGCUUGACACUGCGUCUGUUAGUGGCACCAUCACAAAUGAAAAGAGAAUAUCUUCUGUUACGUUUCUUUCAGAGUCUGUCCUUGCAGUGGCUGGAGAUGAAGAAGUCGUACGGUUUUUUGACUGUGAUUCACUAAUGUGCCUCUGUGAGUUUAAAGCUCACGAAAACAGGGUAAAAGACAUGUUCAGUUUUGAAGUUCCAGAGCAUCAUGUUAUUGUUACAGCCUCGAGUGACGGUUUCAUCAAAAUGUGGAAGCUUAAGCAGGAUAAGAAAGUUCCCCCAUCUUUACUCUGUGAAGUAAAAACUAAUGCCAGGCUAACAUGUCUUGGAGUGUGGCUAGACAGAGUGACAGACACACAAAAAAGCCUUCCUUCAACUGCAGAGCCUUCUCCUGUAAGUAAAAAACAGCCCAAAAUCAACAAAAAGGAAGCUGGCGAUGUCGUGCAGGAAGAAGAAAGACAAUCCAUACCUGACUCAAAGAAAUGUGGUUUAACUGGUGACAGUAAUAAGCCAAUGAAAGCAGAUACUCCACUGUCAACCAAGAAGAGGAAAAUGGUAGGAAUGUUGGAAAAACAGAAGAGAAAAAAGAAGAAAAUACGAAUGACAUAGUGAAUCCCACAUUUCUCCUAUGAGAAAAACUUCUUAGAUGGAAUCCUUUUCAGAUACCCCUGCCCCAAGUAAAAGCUAGAAAUUUCUUCUUUUGGAGAAAAUGUACAGCUUUAAACACACACACACACACACUUUAAUGUGUUUAUUUUUAACAGUGGCAAAACUAUUUUUGGUAGGCAACAUUUUAUUAAUUAUAUGUCAUGGUGAUAUAUACUAUGUCAAUGUGUAAUAUAUUAAUUUUUACUGUUGUAAAAAGCAAAUAAAGAUCUUUUCAUACACA